CAGCAGCAACAGUAAGUACGCGAGUACACAACUUGGUAAACCUAACCCUUCUUCGGUUCGUUGAUAAUGUCUACUCUCUUUUUCUCUCUUUCUCUCUCUCUCUCUCUGUGCAAACGUGAGUCUAUAAUACUCGAAAGUAAAGCAUGCAGCAUGUAAAUACUUUAGACGGUGAACGGUCGAGUGGGGACAGGGUAGUUCGUACGGCGUGGUACGAUAAGAUCGGGCCAGCCGAGGUAAUAAAUAGGACGGUGUGGCGGCACGGAGCGGUAUUUGGUCGCGUGACGCCGAGGCGUGCGCAUCGAACUGGAGAGAGACGAUUCGUACAACGGUCAAAAAUCAAUCUCGUCAGCCACCGUGUCCCGUUCAAUCCCGUUCAAAAUUCGGACAUCCUCGGGACACCGUCGAAGGCUCGGCGUCGAUAUGUUGAGAAAAUUGCUGAGCAAGUCCGGUCGCAGGCUCCUUAGGGCCAUCAAGAAACUGUCGACGAGAAGCCGCAAGGUGAAAAAGUCACGGAACUUGACAUCCUGGCAUUCGAACGUGCCGGAGUUGGAGACGGAGUCGCUCUCGUGGUCCCUGCCGUCGCUGGACGCGAAGAGCAUCGACACGUUCACGACGUACGUUGCCGACAACUCCGAGGACGGCGUCUCCAUGUGCUGUUACUGCGACGAGUACGAGGAGAACCAGCGGAACGAGAACAUUGAGAACGAGAUGAUGAUCUAACGACUGAACUCGACAAGUUUCAUGGAGAUUCAUCGCCACGAGUAUUAUUCCCGUCUUUCUCCGCGACGGUGAUGGGAGUGUGACGAGAUUCGUCGUCGUCGUCGCUUCGAACCGAAAUAUGUAUCUGUUGAACGCGAGAUGAGCGGGACGAGACAUCGAAGAGUCUAUUCGGGAAGAUUAGCAAAAAAAAAAAAAAGGGAAAAAAAGAACGUAAAUAUCUAUCCCCUUUCGUAAGGUGGGCACACGUUCGAUUAUUUUGUCGAGCUAAAUUUUGACAGAAAGUUCGACCACGUCGAUCGAUAAGAAUGAAAGAUAAAUACGUUACGUUACACACAGUUUUGUCAGGAUGCAACGAACCGUCCAACAGGCGUAUGUACUUAAUUUAGGGCGAGCCCUAUUAGCCCGAAAAGAAAUCGAAGAAGAAAGAUUUUCAACGAUUUGCGUCGAAGUAAAUGAAAUCGUACGUUGUAGAUGUAUCGUGGUUUGUCGAUUCGAUCUCACGUCGACUCGAUUGCGAGAAACAUGUAUGUAAAUAGUUUAGCCGAACUCGUCGACGGUGCGCGAUUUAAAGAUCUCCCGUUGUCGAAAUUGGUAUUUGUAGGGACGUAACGUUUCCUCGUUACGGUGUAUACUCGCGGAGAUAUUCUUUUACGUGGUACGAGUUAAACUUGCACAAUUUAGACGCGAUAGAGUGUUGGUUGCACGGUGUCGACCGAUCGACAGAACGAGCACGCGCGAAACUAAAGCCGCUCUUCUAUUCUACUUGCAGUAUUAUUUUUACAAUUACUACCAACUGCACGAUUUUCGUUAAGAAACGUGUUACAGCCGUGUUAUCGAACUAUAUUAUAAUUUCUUUCGCAGGCAGGCUGUUCUUUUUUUUUUUUUUUUUUUUUUUUUUCUUUGCCGCAAAACGCGAGACGUUACAACGACCACCAUUUUCUUUUUCGUAUAACAUUUGUACGCGUUGUGUACGUGUUGUAUUUACGCGAGCACGUGUGAAAUAUGUACAUAGUUGUAAGACAUGUGCGGAUGUAUGUAUGUAUGCAUGUAUGUAUGUACGUACGUAUGUACAUAGACACGAAUAAUACGAGUAUCGAUAUUUUAUUGUAUGUCCGACGAGGCUGUGACUUUUUAAUGGAUAAUGGCGAAUAUGUCGUAAAUAAAGUAUAGUUUUUGCCGACGGUCA